CUUCUUCUUUCUUCCCCGAUCUCAUUUCCGCACUCUUCCCCUCUCCUGCAAAACCCUAAUUUAUUCGGAGAUCUCCCUCCGCAAAACCCUUAUCGCGAUCGGCCCCGAUCCAAACCCUAAUUGUUGUUGGAUUGAUGUUCGAUUGACAGAUCCGAUCUGUCCGAUUCUAGAUUUGGAUCGCAUGUUGUUAGAGUCUUUUCGGCGAAUUUAGUGUGAUUUAUUGAAGAAGGAAUCUGUUGGUUCGAUUUGAUUUAACAAUGGCAGCUCCUGUCCCCCCAGGGGCACCUAGAGCCACGAAUACACCGCCACCACCACCUAAUUACAAUCCUAAUUAUCAAAGAACCCCUGAUUUGUUAGCUGAAAAUAUGCAAAACCUGCAAAUUAAUCGGCCACCUUCUGUGCCCAAUUCUACCCCUAGACCUCCUCCCUCUUAUAUUCAAUCCCCACCUUCCCAUUCAUCAGCCCCUUAUUCAGCUCCUCAGCACUCUGCUCCUUUUCCUAGAGGGGCGCCUGUUUCUAGGCCCGGGCCAUCUCCAGGGCCACAGUCAGGUGUUCUGGCAAGGCCAGGAAUGGCUCCAUCUGGACCUCCACAAUCCACAUUCCCUCCGAAUAUGGCUCCAGGAAGGCCCUCUGGUUAUCCUAUCAGUCAGGCUCUGCCCUUUGGGUCGAGACCGUCUACUGGGUCCUUUCCCUCUCCUAUGGGUGGUCAAGUUACCACCUCUUCUGGGGCACCUCCCAGCGCAUUCGCUUCCUCUUCUGCCGCACCUCCUAGUGCAUUCCCAGCUUCUGGUUUCUCAGCUGGCCCAGUUAUUCCCCCGGUGGCUGCCCGACCUGGUGUGUUUGCAUCUUCUCCUUUGUCCACAGGUCCGAUAAUUCCCCCUUCAAGUGCACCUGGUGGGCCCACUAGUAAUGGGCCACCUAUGUUUGCAUCAGCAGCAUUGCAAGGUGGACCUCGGUAUCCCUCGGCUGACAAUACAAUGCAAACACCAGUUGGCCCUCCCCCUACAAUGAUGUCAACUCAGGCACCUUCCCAGCCUCCAACCAUGCGAACUCUCCUUGGAAGUACAGCUCCCAAUGUUCCACCAGGUCCUCCAGUGCAAACGGCCCCAACAGCCAUGCCAUUUUCAGCUGCACCCCAAGGUGUGCCACCGCCUUCUGGUUCUCCAUAUGGCCUGCAGACAUGGCCAAUGCAACCUCGGCAGGUGGCUCCACCACCAACAAUUCCUGGUUCUGUGCAACCACCUAGAAUGUUUGGAAUGCCACCACCACCGCCAAAUCAAUCUAUGGCUGCUAUGCCACCUGCUAUGAGUCAAACUGGAGCACCGUUGGCAGGUCCAUCAAAGAUUGAUCCUAAUCAAAUUCCUCGGCCCAUUCCAAAUACCUCUGUGAUUCUGCAUGAAACUCGUCAGGGCAAUCAGGCUAACCCUCCUCCGCCCGCCACAAGUGAUUACAUUGUUAGGGAUACUGGGAAUUGCAGUCCACGAUACAUGAGGUGCACCAUCAAUCAGAUCCCAUGCACUGCUGAUCUUUUGACUACAUCAGGAAUGCAGUUAGCCUUGUUGGUCCAACCUUUGGCCCUUCCUCAUCCAUCCGAGGAGCCCAUCCAAGUUGUGGAUUUUGGAGAAAGUGGUCCUGUUCGAUGCUCCCGUUGCAAAGGUUACAUUAAUCCCUUCAUGAAGUUUAUUGAUCAGGGAAGGCGUUUCAUCUGUAACUUAUGUGGAUUUACUGAUGAAACACCUCGUGACUACCAUUGCAAUUUGGGGCCAGAUGGUAGGCGUAGAGAUGCUGAGGAAAGGCCUGAGCUAUGUAGAGGAACAGUGGAAUUUGUUGCUUCAAAGGAAUACAUGGUGCGUGAGCCAAUGCCUGCUGUGUUUUUCUUUCUGAUCGAUGUAUCAAUGAAUGCAAUACAGACUGGUGCAACUGCAGCAGCUUGCAGUGCAAUCACUCAAGUUAUCACUGAUCUUCCUGAAGGUCCUCGAACAAUGGUGGGAAUAGCAACAUUUGAUUCUACAAUUCAUUUUUAUAAUCUGAAACGUGCAUUACAGCAGCCUCUAAUGCUCAUUGUUCCUGAUGUACAAGAUGUUUACACUCCCCUCCAGACUGAUGUAAUUGUUCAGCUUUCUGAGUGUCGUCAACAUUUAGAGCUGUUACUGGAAAACAUACCAACCAUGUUUCAGAAUAAUAGAACUGCUGAAUCAGCCUUCGGUGCGGCAAUCCAGGCUGCUUUCUUAGCGAUGAAGAGUACUGGAGGAAAACUUCUGGUGUUUCAGUCAGUCUUGCCUUCAGUUGGCAUUGGAGCCCUUUCUGCCAGAGAGGCUGAAGGAAGAACUAAUAUCACUGCAGGGGAGAAGGAGGCCCAUAAAUUACUCCAACCAGCAGACAAAACUCUGAAAACAAUGGCAAUUGAAUUUGCUGAGUAUCAGGUCUGUGUUGAUGUAUUUAUUACUACCCAAACCUAUGUAGAUAUUGCAUCUAUCGCUGUCAUCCCAAGAACUACAGGAGGACAGGUGUAUUAUUAUUACCCCUUCUCAGCCCUUUCUGAUCCUGCUAAGCUUUACAAUGACCUUAGAUGGAACAUCACAAAGCCCCAAGGUUUUGAGGCAGUGAUGCGUGUCAGAUGCAGCCAGGGUCUUCAAGUUCAAGAGUACUCUGGAAACUUUUGCAGACGCAUUCCAACAGAUGUUGACUUACCUGGGAUUGACUGUGACAAAGCUAUCAUGGUAACAUUAAAACAUGACGAUAAGUUGCAGGAUGGCUCUGAAUGUGCUUUUCAGUGUGCCCUUCUUUACACCACUGUUUAUGGCCAAAGAAGAAUUCGAGUUACUACUCUCUCUCUACCAUGUACAAGUAUGCUAAGUAAUUUGUUCCGCUCAGCCGACUUGGAUACUCAAUUUGCAUGUUUUCUGAAGCAAGCGGCAAGUGAAAUUCCUUCAACACCACUCUCACAAGUUAGGGAGCAAGUGACGAACCUUUGCAUCAACAUUCUGCAUUCAUAUCGUAAAUUUUGUGCAACAGUAUCAUCAUCUGGACAACUAAUUCUUCCUGAGGCACUUAAACUUCUGCCUUUAUACACCCUUGCAUUGAUCAAAAGUAUUGGACUGCGAACUGAUGGGAGAAUAGAUGAUCGGUCAUUUUGGAUCAAUUAUGUUUCCCCACUUUCUACUCCUCUGGCAAUACCUCUGGUGUACCCAAGGAUGAUGGCUAUCCAUGACCUUAAUUCACAUGAAGGGGACAGGCCUCUUAUUCCUCCUACAAUUCCACUUUCCAGUGAGCAUGUUAGUGAUGAUGGAAUCUAUCUACUGGAGAAUGGUGAUGAUUGUUUGAUUUAUAUUGGGAAUUCGGUGAAUCCAGAUAUCAUGCAACAACUGUUUGGCAUUUCCUCGGUUGACGUAAUUCCUAGUCAGUUUGUGCUGCAGCAGUAUGACAAUCCCUUAUCAAAGAAACUAAAUGAACUGGUAAAUGAGAUAAGGCGCCAAAGAUGUUCAUACCUCCGCAUAAAAUUAUGCAGAAAAGGAGAUGCGUCAGGGAUGCUCUUCUUCUCAUUUAUGGUCGAAGACAAGACUGCAAUUGGACUCUCCUAUGUUGAAUUUCUAGUACAUAUCCAUCGGCAAAUCCAGAUCAAAAUGUCUUGAUCAAUUUAUGCGUCUUUGGCGGGUUUACAAGCUGUGAUGGCCCACACAUAUAGUUUGAAAUGAAAGAGAGAAAAAUGAGGCUGUGUUCUAGGAAAUGUGCUUGAAGAGUCGACACCUCAUCAUGCAUUGUUUUGUUGUGGAAGCAAAGCUGAGCUUGAGUUUUGAUGUAAUGGGUUGGAGUUAAAUAGGUGUAGCUGUAUUUACAGUUGUCAGUGGUGGUUAAUAAAUAAGUACAGGACAUACAUUUAUCCUUCUAGAUUCUGCUGGCUGUUUCUGGCCAUUUUUCCCAUUUUGUUUUCUUGCCAUUGCUUGUGUACUGUUAUUCUGUUGAAGACACACAGAAACCAUAAACAACAAAAAGAAAAAAAUUAUAGACCGAUUGGGUGUUAUUCAAAUAGAUGGCCUGUAAUUUUAUUUUAUUUUA